CGAGAGCUCCCCGCCAUACCUCGUUGCACCCCGUCACAGCAACCGGACGCCUACAAUGCUUCUCCUCGACUAUCAGAACGUUCUCAUCGAGUCCCUGCUGAAGGACCGCUUCUCUGGAGGAGCUCCAGCGAACAUUGACCAGGUCGUUUCUGACUUCGACGGCGUCACAUUCCACAUCUCGACCCCUGAAAGCAAGACAAAGAUCCUUGUCUCGCUGCAAAUCAAGUGCUUCUCUGAGCUGGUGCAGUACGGCGCCCAGGCAGUCCUCGAGCGCGAGUAUGGCCCAUACAUUGUGUCGCCCGAGUCGGGGUACGACUUCUCGGUGCUGGUAGACCUGGAGAACUUGCCAGAGGAUAAGGAGAGCCGCGAUGAUCUCAUUAGGCGCAUAUCCCUUCUCAAGCGGAACGCCAUGGCUGCACCCUUUGAGCAAGCCUUUGACGAGUUCGCGCAGCUGCAGGAGGAGGCUUCCAAGUACACAUCCGAGUCGGCGCCCCAGGGUGUGAAGGAGGGCGGUGAAGUGCGCGCGAUCCACUACCGCGAAGAGGAAGCGAUAUACAUCAAGGCCAGCUUCGACCGUGUCACAGUUAUCUUCUCCACCGUGUUCAGGGAAGAGACAGACAGGAUCUUCGGAAAGGUGUUCCUCCAGGAGUUCGUCGACGCCAGGCGGAGAGCCAUUCAAAACGCACCCCAAGUACUCUUCCGCAACGACCCACCUCUCGAGUUGCAAGGCACCCCAGGGGUCGACACAUCUGGCUCCGCCGAUAUUGGCUACAUCACAUUUGUCCUCUUCCCUCGCCAUCUGGCAGCUGCACGACGAGCCGAGGUCAUCUCUCACAUCCAGACCUUCCGCGACUACUUCCACUACCACAUCAAGGCCUCUAAGGCGUUCAUUCACUCGAGGAUGCGCAAGAGGACCGCUGACUUCCUCCAAGUCCUACGGAGAGCGAGACCCGAGUCGGAGGAGAAGGAGCGCAAGACAGCUAGUGGACGAACGUUCAGGGUACAGGCAUAGGAUGCGCCUGCUAAGCUCUAGCAGCCAGUCAGAAAGAUACAACAUUACCAAAUCACCUUGGUUCGCUGCAUGAUACAUGCACCUGUCUCGAACAGUGAUUGACGUAGUCCAAGACUUAUUGCUUGGUUUGACUGAUGCUCU